CGCACGCGCAGAAACCACCGAGUCGCUCUACCCCCGCCUUUCCCCCUCCUCUCUAUGGUUCCUCCCUCGGGAUUCGGCCUCUCGGUGGCGGUGCCUUCGCUCCUGCAGGCAGGCUCCAGGUUGCGACAGCAUGGACGGUUACGACUCAGAGGAUUUCUCGUCAUCCGAGGAAGACGAAGACUACGUGCCCUCCGGUGGAGAAUAUAGUGAAGACGAUGUGAGCGAAUUAGUGAAGGAAGAUGAAGUACAAGAUGAGGAGGAGACACAGAAAGACAAAGGCAAAAAAAGGAAUUCCAAAGACAACAAAAAGAAGUCUCCGAGCAUCAUCCCCAGGAAGAGAAAAAAAGGUGGGCUACUAAUGGAAGACAAGGAGGAGACAGAAGACAAGGUGGAAGCAGAAACAGAAGGAAAUAGUGGUGAAGAGGAAGAGAAAUUAGUAGAACCAGAAAAAAGCAUUCCAUCGGAGGAGGAGAAAAAAAGACAAGAUGAUGCCCUCUGGGCAAGCUUCCUCAGUGACGUGGGACCAAAAUCGCAAGCUCGGCCUCCCAGGAGCCAGGCAAAGACAGAGGGAGAAGACCAAGAGAAGAGAUCAGACAAAUCCCUCGUGUCAGCGAAAGAGUCAGAGAAACCUAGCGAAAGAGAAAAAGUCAAAAUCACCAAGGUGUUUGAUUUUGCUGGUGAAGAGGUCAGGGUGACUAAGGAAGUGGAUGUAGCAUCGAAAGAAGCCAAAUCCUUUUUCAAGCAGAAUGAGAAAGAAAAGCCACAGACUGGUGUCCCCUCAGCACCAGCGGCUCUCCCGACAGGCUCAGGGCUGAAAAGACCAAGUGGCAUGAGCAGCCUUUUGGGGAAAAUCGGAGCCAAGAAACAGAAGAUGAGCACCCUAGAGAAAUCCAAACUGGACUGGGAGAGCUUCAAGGAGGAGGAGGGCAUUGGUGAAGAGCUGGCUAUCCAUAAUCGAGGAAAAGAGGGGUACAUUGAAAGGAAAGCUUUUCUGGAACGAGUGGAUCACAGGCAGUUUGAAAUUGAGCGGGACCUCAGGCUGAGCAAAAUGAAGCCUUGAUGGUGUUGGAAAGAUGCUCUGGCAGUUUAACCCUGCUUACGGUGUGAGCUCAACUUUUGUGUGUCUGUGAAAUCUCUCCUGUCCUGCUCACCGACUGUUUCAUGGAAAGGAUAGUUAAAUGUUCUGUUUUCCAUGUUGAA